AUGCUGAAGAGUGAUGCACUGAAAGGUGCACUCAUCUACUAUGAUGGUACUCACAAUGAUGCUAGAAUGAACUUGGCGAUAGUACUAACAGCGAUCAGACAUGGUGCAAAGUGCGUGAAUCACACCAAAGUUGAAAGUCUACUUAAGGAUGAAAAUGGAAAAUGCGUGAAUCACACCAAAGUUGAAAGUCUACUUAAGGAUGAAAAUGGAAAAGUUAUUGGAGCCCAUGUUAGGGACACGAUAAAUGGGAACGAGUGGGAUAUCAAAGCUAAGGUCAUUGUAAACGCCACUGGUCCUUCAACAGAUACGAUCCGUAUCAUGGCUGAUCCACAGACGAAACCAAUCUGUGUGCCUAGCUCGGGAGUGCAUAUCGUUCUUCCUGGAUAUUACAGGGAAUUGAAACAAAACCUAUUUAGUCCCUCAAACACCGGACUUCUCGAUCCAGACACCUCUGAUGGUCGCGUUAUUUUCUUCUUACCUUGGGAACGAAUGACCAUAGCGGGUACCACUGACGCCCCUUCGGAAGUAACUCUAUCCCCAAUCCCGAAAGAUUCUGAUGUUGAAUUUAUUUUGCAAAGUUCAAGGACGACUCUUCAAGGACACAAAUAUGUUCAGGAAAUUCGAGGAUACCUUUCUAAAGACGUUUCCAUACGCCGUGGUGACGUGAUGAGUUCAUGGGCAGGACUUCGUCCACUUGUUCGAGAUCCAAACAAGAAGGAUACCAAAAGUUUGGCUAGAAAUCAUAUCAUUGAGGUAAAGGAAUUACAUUCCUUCGGAAUGAGAGAUCGCAACUGUUAUUGUCUCCAGGUAUCGAAGUCCGGCUUGGUGACCAUAGCAGGAGGAAAAUGGACAACGUACAGGCAUAUGGCCGAGGAAACUGUAGACACGUGUGUUAAAGUAGGUGCUAAUGUCUAA